AUGAGGUCAACACAAAGAUCGGGCUUUGAGGGUCGAACCGGGUGGAAGGAGCUACUUCUCCCGCUGCCUGCCAAGUCCAACCCUUCUCUCCGUCCAUACCUACCUACAGGAAGUCCUUUCCUUCCUUUGGGGAGCCGGGCAGUGGUGGGACGACAAGAGGUGGGACGUCUCCUUCCGUGGGCCGGCGCCCGCCGUCCGUCAUCCGUCGUCUCCAUGCCCAAGGUACCGAUACGUCGCAUCCACCUCAUGGAGGCACGCCGUACCCGUGGGGCUUGGAGUUUGGUGCCUGAGAGAGUGAAGUCUCUUCUCGCUGGACCUGCCUUCCCUCCCAAGUUCCCAUGGCUGAAAUCAACACAAACCCUCAAGAGAUCACGAAACGGAGUUGGGCCGGGCGAGGUUCCCCUUUCUGUCUUGCUCCUGGAACAUUCUUAG